CUUUAAAACAACAUAAAUCUUUAGACCAACAUUGCCAUUGCCAUACCAUCAUGAGGGCCUACGUAUCGUUGACAGUUUUUUCGCUCUUCUUGAGAGUAUCCGCUUGGAACAAGUGCUAUUGCACUGGAUCUGACAAAGCUGUCGCUGAUACGACCGCAAAUACCUGUUGUACAGAUGGUGAUGGCGUUUCAUUCCCUCAUACUACAGGUGAUGUCAAGGGGCGUUGGGAUAGUAGCAAUAAGAUUUGCGUUUUCUCUGGUCAAGUGCUCUCGCAGAAUUCGGAAAACGAUGCCACAGCAGCUUUCGCAGCCUGCUGCCGUCCCACUGGAGGUUCAACAAUUUGGGGAGGUGCUUGCUCUUAAAUGUAGAGUUAAUUAC